AUGUCGAAGGUUUUUGAUUAUGCAGAGGUGGCCAAGCACAACACAGCAGACAGCUGUUGGGUUAUCCUCUACGGCAAAGUGUACGACGUGACCGACUUCAUCGCCGAGCACCCCGGUGGCUCGAAAGUUAUCCUCCAGCUCGCUGGCACCGACGCGACCGAAGAGUACGAUCCAAUUCACCCGCCCGGCAUUCUCGAAGAAAGCCUCAAGCCCGAGCAGCAUCUCGGCACAGUAAACCCAGACACACUUCCUUCUACGGAGAAGUCGCCAGCGGAGACGGGCGAGGCGGAGCAGGAUGGUCCUGUUGAUCUGGACAGCAUACUCAACAUUGAUGAGAUAGAAGAAGUUGCUACAAAGAACAUAAGCAAGAAGGCAUGGGCAUACUACUACUCUGCAAGCGACGAAUUGUCAUCAAAGAAGCUCAACAACGCCGUUUACAGGCAGAUACUGUUGAGGCCGAGGGUAUUUGUAGACUGCACAAGAUGCGAUACGUCGACGAGCUUUAUCGGACAUAAAGUCAAGCUGCCUAUAUACGUUUCUCCCGCUGCAAUGGCACGAUUGGCGCAUCCGGAUGGUGAGUGGGGCAUCGCGCAGGCAUGUGAGCAGUAUGGCGCCAUGCAAGUCAUCUCGCAGAAUGCCUCUAUGACCCCCGAGCAGAUCGUCGCAGAUGCAAAGGAUGGACAAGUGUUUGGCUGGCAACUGUACGUUCAGCAGGAACGAGCAAAGAGUGAGGCCAUGCUUGAGAGGAUGAAGAAGCUACCAGCAAUCAAGUUCAUUUGCCUGACGCUCGAUGCACCGGUACCAGGCAAACGAGAAGACGACGAGAGGCACAAGAAUGUCGGCGCCAACCUCCCAGUCAGGGCAGCCGUGCAAGAGGACGCAAGUGUAAGCAAGACGAGUAGCGAUGCAAAGACACCGAGUCCGCCGAAGAGUAUGGGCAUGGGACAAAGCUUGUUCUGGGGAACGGCGGCAGAUCUUACCUGGAAGACGACACUGCCCUGGCUGGCGCAACACACCGACUUGCCCAUCGUAUUGAAGGGCAUCCAGACUCACGAGGACGCCUAUCUUGCCAGCCUCCACGCGCCACAGGUCAAGGCUAUCAUAUUGUCGAACCAUGGUGGACGCGCGCUCGACACUGCACCGCCAGCCGUACACACCUUGCUCGAAAUCCGCAGAUACUGCCCCGAGGUGUUCGACAAAAUAGAAGUGUGGGUCGAUGGCGGAAUCAAAAGAGGAACAGAUGUCGUCAAGGCACUUUGCCUCGGUGCGAAAGGAGUUGGCGUUGGUCGGGCUGCGCUGUUCGGCUUGGGCGCGGGCGGCAAAGAGGGUGUUGCAAGGGUACUAGAAAUUCUCAAGGCCGAAACCGAGACCUGCAUGCGCUUAUUGGGCGUAGAGCGCGUGGACCAACUGGGGCUGCAGCAUAUCAACACGCGAGCCGUCGAGAGAGACAUAUACGAUGGUCCCGCUGCAUUGGAAAGACCGAGUCUCACCUCGCGGUUGAUGGCCAAGCUGUAA